AUGAAAUAUUUACUACAUAUCUGCCUAGAUAAGACGGGUAAAAUAUGUGCGGCCGACUUUCGACAAGCUAUGCUGGGUGAUUAUCAUCUUAAAGUUUUUCGUACUACAACAAUCGAUGCCUACAUUGCCGAAUUGAGUAAUCAUACGGGAUGGAUUACAUUCGAACAAUUCAAACAGUUUAUACGAAUGGAUACAAAUACGUUCAAGAAUUCUCUGUUUACUAUUGAACUCAAACAGGCAUUCGAUGAAGUUGAUACCAAUAAGGAUGGCUUUAUAUCGUCACAGGAAGCACGUCAAGGUAUUACUUUAGCUGGUCAAUACAUAUCAGGAUUAACUUUUAAACAAAUUAUUCAAAUGUUUGAUGAUGAUGACGAUGGACAAAUGUCGUUUGAAGAAUUCUUGAAUAAUAUUAAAAAAUAA